CCUUCCGAAACAUAGUGUCGUUAGAGUAACUUUCAGGUACUGAAAGAAAAUGAAUGAUUUGCGAGCUGGGAAACCGCUGCAGCUGUUCAACUGUUCCCACGGCGAGUGUGGAGCAGCUUUCACCAGGGAGUGGAAACUCAAAGAGCAUGAGACGGUGCACACCGGGGCGCGCCCGUGCCAGUGCACAGUUGCUGACUGCGGUCGUCGCUUCUCCAGAAACGCUCACCUGCGGCGCCACAUGUUUGAGCACAGCGGGGUGAAGCAAUUCAAAUGCAAGUUUGUGAGCUGUACAGAGACUUUCUUCAACGCAAGCAAACUUAAAAGACACUGUAACCAGGCAAACUGCUCCUUGACCUUCAAAAAGCGCAGAUUAUUUAAGAUUCACUUAAAGGAGCAUGGAGUGUCCCCCAAGUUCAAAUGUUCGAAGGAUGGAUGCGCUGCUACAUUUGACUCCCAUAUUGCCUGCAGAGCCCAUGAGAAGAAGCAUGCAGGUUACUGUUGUCCUCAUGCCAAUUGCCAGUUAUUUGAACAUACCUGGAGUAAACUUCAGAAGCACAUGGCUAAACACCCAGCUACAUUCACAUGCCGAGUGUGCAAGAAGGAGUUUAAAAAAGUGGAUUCUUUGCGGAGGCACAAACGGAUGCACGCUUCCCACAAGCCUGUGCUGGUCUGUCCCAGGGAUGACUGCAAGGCCUACUUUUCUACAACCUUUAACCUGCAGCAUCACAUCCGCAAGGUGCACCUUGACCUUCUCAAAUACAGAUGCUCCUUCCCUGACUGCCCACGCAUGUUUGCAAUGCGGGAGAGCAUGACCAGACACCUGCUUCGCCAUGACCCAAGUGCCACCACUCUGAAGAAACGUCAGAGGCCUAAGAAAACCUGGCAGAAGCGCUUGAAUGGACAAAAUCUGCCCCUAGUGGAGGAAAACCUGCAUCGCCUCUUUGCUCUGCGCAUGCGAAUCUCCAGACGUGCCAAGGUGGAAACCAACCUCUCAGGCCUCUUCAAUGAGCGCAAGAUCCCUCACUAUGUUGACCCAGAAGUCAACCUGCGUAAUUUGUUUAGCAUCAAACAGCCUCGGACUCUGGAGAAGCCUGAAGUUGCACCAGUAAAAGGUUAAAUGACAAUGUUUCAGGGCUGAGCUGCCUUUUGGUUAAGUUUGAACCUUAGAUUUUGAAGUUGAACCAAAGUUUUUUUUUUUUUUCUUC